AUAAACUUAUUAAAUAGAACAAAUGAAAUAAUCACACUCAAGCUAACUAAUACCCGACUUAUCAUGCUACAGAGAGAGCGGAUUUGUCUCUUACUCUGCCUUGUAAGCAUUGUACAGUUUCAAAUUGAAUUCUCUUUCGCUUUGACCAGUGCAGGGAACAAUGGGGUCUCAGAUGAGUGCGUGGACUACACUGUAUGUGGUGCAAUGGGUCGGCAACCAUGCAAUGCUGCGAUAUCACGAGCAUUUGAGGAGGCUUCAUGUGGUCCGUGCAUAAAUGGCUUUGUACAAAUGAGCGAUAAAUCACGAAUCUGCCGAAGAUUGAAGCCAACUGAUCGCAAUAUUGGCGAUGAUAUUUUGACAGAGGCAGACGAUGGAACCACGAUGAUCAAACGAGCACCAUAUUCCGACAACACCCACAUGUACCUGACUGCAUCCGAGGAACGGUCAUUCAGUUCAACGGCGAAUCGGCACACAAUUACUUUUCUCAUACUCAUUUCGAUGGCAGUGGCGAGUGUGGUAUUGAUUGGAGUGCUGGGACUGGUGUACCACAAGUACAGCAAAAAAGAGCUAGCAUUCGUUCCCCCUAAGAGCUCCAGUCGCAAAGUGUCAUAUGGCUUCGAUGGAGCAGACGAUAUGGACGAGAAAGAGCUUGCGCGGAAGACUCAAAUAUAUCACUACCAGCAUCAGAAACGGAUGAUUGCGUCCAUGGACAGAAGGCGAUCGGACGAAGACGAGCAGCAGAGCAAAGAUGGGUCACAGAAGGGUGACGAUGCACUGUUGCUGGACAAAGCGGUCCCCUCCGUUGCGGAAGGAGAGAAAGGAAAAGCUAAUUGGUCUGCACGGGAAGAGGACAACGGUCUGAAGAGCUCACUGUUGCGCAUGCGCAGUCAGGGAUCUGUGGGCAAUGGAUCGGGAUAUCCUAUGGGAGAUAGUGUGACUGGAUCAGACCAGGAAACUUGGAAGAAAUCGAAGGGUGGAGUUGGAAUGCGCGAGUGGAGUCAGCAGCACCGUUCGCUCGACAUGGGCCGCCGAGAGCGAGAGAUCGAGUACGAGGAAGUCACUCGUGACCUGGACGUCAAUGUGGACUUCACAGUGUACGAAUGUCCUGGACUGGCACCGAGUGGAGAGAUGGAAGUGAGAAACCCGAUGUUCGACAACCCAGAAGAUCUCUAUGCAUGUGCGACCACUGAUGAAGAAGAGGAGGAAGAGGAAUAGAUAGACUGAAGUUCAUUAUAUUUUAUUAUACCUCAACAAUCAUUGACUCACUCAUACUAAUUAAUCGCACAUUAAUCUUUGUUUCCCUCAGACCGAAGACAAACAAACUUCUAUCCUCAAAUUUCUCGUUGUAUAUUGUUUUCCUACCACCUGGGGUUUCCCAUGCUGGAAUCUUAAUUGAGAACAAUAAUACUGAUUAUUAUGUAUAUAGGAUCUUGAUUAGCUAGCACUUAAAGCGGGUGAAAGGAAAACGCAUGCAAUCAGCUUUAGACCGCCAGAGGUGGACAUAUGAAAUUUCAAGUUGUCGAUAUCGAAGCAUUGAAGUUUACCGAGAGAGCUUAGCAUUUACACGAACUAUUUCCAGCUCCAUAAGAAGUUUUAAAGCUCAUCUGUAUGAUGCGGUUGUUACUGCAACAGGGCUGGUUUAAAUGUACAAGUAAAUAAAGUUUUAAAUCUUCAGUUUUGAAAAAUGUCUACGAGACAACUUGAUUUGUUGUGUCCGCUUUUGUGUAUCCUUGCAAGCUAACUUCUUAAUCGUGUUUAACCCUGCUCGUACUACUUAAAACAUUGUGCAAUAUAGUUUUAAUUAUUUAUGUUUACAAAUUAUUAGCCUAAUUAAAAGCGAAAGUUUAGUGCAACUGUGUAAAUAUUUGAUUCAAAGUUCUGUACAAUUUCCAUAGAACUCACCAUUCCUUUUAACAUUCCCCAAGCCCCAGCAGAUCAUUUCUCAGUAAACCAUAAUAACUGGUUUGCCAUCAAUCAUUGUUGGUUUCACAGUAAUGAAGUGCUCAUCGAUCAAAAAAUAUUUUGCGCUGGUUCACAAAAUAACACCAAUUAUCGUUCUUACAAUAAGAUCUACCAUACGAUAAAAAAAAUAAUUCAAACUGCAAAGCUAA